CUUCCACACAAUAAAAUCUAUCAAUCUGGGUUUUCUGAAAUCCCAGCUGUCUUUCGAGUGAAUGAGUUACUGAUAGACUCGCCCCAAGAUCUGCUCCGCCGACAACUCGAUUCAUUCCAUUCCGCCAUGGAUCCCGAUGAGUGAUGACAUUGACACUCUGCAUCACCCCCAAAAUCCAUACCCUCCUGCUCACUUGUCGAAAUCCCAAUUCAAACUCUCUUGAUUCUUUUUCUUUCUGACAUCAAAUUGUUCGCUAUACACAGAGACAUUCCAACAUUCGUCAUCUCAUUCUGAAUCGAAAUGGGUAGUUUUGCGUGGUCGACAUCAGCCUUCGAUUUGAAGUCAGGGCAGACGAUACUGUUGGCUCUUCUAGUAAUAAUAUUUUUUUUCUACAGCGGCACCUUUUUUGGCCGAAAUUCCUCGCUUUAUAUAAACCAACUUGCUUUGAAUUCAUCAUCAUCGAAAUCACCAGGUAACCCUACAUUUAGCAAUACAGUCACUCUUACUCAUCGACAGUCGCCACUUACAAUUCCAGAAACGGGAAUGAACAUAUGCCCUAUAGAAUUCAACGAACAUAUACCUUGCCAUGAUCCUUCAUACAUCAAUACAUUACUUCCACAAUUAGAUCUCUCCAAGCGAGAAGAUUUAGAAAGACAUUGCCCCCCAUUACAAAAACGCUUAUUUUGCUUGAUACCUCCACCACUUGAUUACAAAAUACCCAUAACAUGGCCAACCAGUCGAGACUAUGUAUGGAGGAGCAAUGUGAAUCACACACAUCUUGCAGAAGUAAAAGGAGGGCAAAAUUGGGUUCAUGAGAAAGAUCAAUUAUGGUGGUUUCCAGGUGGUGGUACCCAUUUUAAACAUGGAGCUACUGAAUACAUUGAGAGAUUAGGGAAUAUGACUACAAAUGAGACAGGUGAUCUUCGUUCAUCUGGAGUAUAUCAAGUUCUUGAUGUUGGUUGUGGGGUUGCAAGUUUUUCUGCUUAUCUUCUUCCAUUAAAUAUACAAACAAUGUCAUUUGCUCCAAAAGAUGGACACGAAAAUCAAAUUCAAUUUGCUUUGGAACGUGGGAUUGGUGCUAUGAUAUCUGCUUUAGCUACAAAACAGCUUCCAUACCCAAGUCACUCAUUCGAAAUGGUUCACUGUUCAAGGUGCCGUGUUGAUUGGCAUGAAAAUGAUGGGAUUCUUUUGAAAGAAGUAAACAGGCUUCUUAGGCCGAAUGGUUACUUUGUGUAUUCGGCUCCUCCGGCAUAUAGAAAGGACAAAGAUUUUCCAAUGAUAUGGGAGAAAUUGGUGAACAUAACUUCUGGAAUGUGCUGGAAGCUUAUUGAUAGGAAGAUUCAAACAGCAAUUUGGAUUAAAGAUGUUAGUCAAUCGUGUCUUGAAAGCAAUGCACAGCAGAAUCUUGUAAAGAUUUGUGAUUCUGUUAAUGAUCCUAAGCCCUCAUGGAAAACACCACUCAGGAACUGUGUUUCACCAAGUAACACGGUUCCCAAGUUCCAAAAACUCCCUCCUAGGCCUCAACGCCUUUCAGUAUAUUCAGAAAGUCUCAAUGAUUUAGGUAUCACUCAAGAAAUGUUUCUUUCGGAUACGCUUUACUGGCAUGAUCAAGUUCGUCAUUAUUGGAGACUAAUGAAUGCUGACGUGGCAUCUGUACGAAAUGUUAUGGACAUGAAUGCCCUUUAUGGUGGAUUUGCAGUUGCCUUUAGUACUUGGCCUGUUUGGGUGAUGAAUGUUGUCCCUGCAACAAUGAAUGACACUUUGUCUGCUAUUUAUGCCCGGGGUCUCAUUGGUGCUUUCCAUGACUGGUGUGAGCCAUUUUCUUCAUAUCCACGCACAUAUGAUUUGGUGCAUGCGAAUUAUCUCUUUUCUCACUAUUCAAAACAAGAUGAUCGAUGCUUGUUGGAAGAUAUCAUGCUAGAGAUGGAUCGUCUUGUUCGGCCUCAGGGGUUUAUCAUUAUCAGAGAUGUUGGAUUGAUUAUAUCAAGAAUAACGGAUCUUGCACCCAAGUUUCUUUGGGAUGUUACUUCACAUGUUCUAGAAAGUCCUCAAGGGGUAUCAGAACCGGUUUUAAUUUGCCAAAAGAAGUUCUGGGCAAUCGUUUGAUGUUGAUAUAAUGUUAAUUACAGUUUCAAAUUCUUUAAAUAUGAUAGUUUUGAUUGUGUAAUGAGGCUGUAUGCCUCCGCAUUGUAGAUUAGUUAAUUUAUACCAUUCAUUCUUUUGUUCAUUGUAAAUCUUGAACGAGUCUGUUCUUGAUCUUUCUGUUAGACGACCAUGUAAAUGGAGCUUAUUCCUACAUGGUGAUGUAAUGAUGUUACUAUUAUUAUCAGCUUAUGUACAACAAUGUAAUCACUUUCUUGUUUUUGAU